AUGAGGGCAAGUACAUCCGUUCAGUGUGUAAAGCACUUCAAAAUCAGAUCACAGCUCCCUCUGCACCAAAGACAACGAAGAGGGCAGAAAUCAUUUGAAUGCACAGAGAGUGGAAGGAGAUUCAGUGAGACAGGGAAUCUUCACAAGCAUCAGAGAAUCCACAAAGUAGACAGACCUUUGGACUGUUUAGAGAGUGGAAAGAGAUUCAGUCAGAGUGGCCAUCUUCAAAGUCAUCAGAGAACCUACACAGGGGAGAGACCUUUUGAAUGCUCAGAAUGUGGAAUGAGGUUCAGUGAGAGACGGAAACUUCAGAUGCAUCAGAGAAUCCACACAGGGGAGAGACCUUUUGAAUGCUCAGAGUGUGGAAAGAGAUUCAAUGACAGUAGCAGUCUUCACAGGCAUCAGAGAACCCACACAGGGGAGAAACCUUUUGAAUGCUCAGAGUGUGGAAAGAGAUUCACUGACAGUAGCAGUCUUCACAGGCAUCAGAGAACCCACACAGGGGAGAAACCUUUUGAAUGCUCAGAGUGUGGAAAGAGAUUCAAUGACAGUAGCAGUCUUCAAAGUCAUCAGAGAACCCACACAGGGGAGAAACCUUUUGAAUGCUCAGAGUGUGGAAAGAGAUUCAGUCAGAGUGGCCAUCUUCAAAGUCAUCAGAGAACCCACACAGGGGAGAGACCUUUUGAAUGCUCAGAGUGUGGAAAGAGAUUCAGUCGCAGUGGCCAUCUUCAAAGUCAUCAGACAACCCACACAGGAGCGAGACCUUUUGAAUGCUCAGAGUGUGGAAAGAGAUUCACUGUCAUUAGAAGUCUUCACAGGCAUCAGAGAACCCACACAGGGGAGAGACCUUUUGAAUGCUCAGAAUGUGGAAAGAGAUUCACUGACAGUAAAAGUCUUCAAAGUCAUCACAGAACCCACACAGGGGAGAGACCUUUUGAAUGCUCAGAAUGUGGAAAGAGAUUCACUGACAGUAGAAGUCUUCAAAGUCAUCAGAGAACCCACACAGGGGAGAGACCUUUUGAAUGCUCAGAGUGUGGAAAGAGAUUCAGUCAGAGUGGCCAUCUUCAAAGUCAUCAGAGAACCCAUACAGGGGAGAGACCUUUUGAAUGCUCAGAGUGUGGAAAGAGAUUCAGUCAGAGCAGCCAUUUUCAAUGUCAUCAGAGAACCCACACAGGGGAGAGACCUUUUGAAUGCUCAGAGUGUGGAAAGAGAUUCACUGACAGUGGCAGUCUAAAAAAUCAUCAGAGAACCCACACAGGGGAGAGACCUUUUGAAUGCUCAGAGUGUGGAAAGAGAUUCAGUCAGAGUGGCCAUCUUCAAAGUCAUCAGAGAACCCAUACAGGGGAGAGACCUUUUGAAUGCUCAGAGUGUGGAAAGAGAUUCAGUCAGAGCAGCCAUUUUCAAUGUCAUCAGAGAACGCACACCAGGGAGAGACAUUUUGAAUGCUCAGAGUGUGGAAAGAGAUUCACUGAAAGUAGCCAUCUUCACAGGCAUCAGAGAACCCACACAGGGGAGAGACCUUUUGAAUGCUCAGAGUGUGGGAAGAGAUUCACACACAAAAGCUUACUUAAUUGUCAUCAGAGAACCCACACAGGGGAGAGACCUUUUGAAUGCUCAGAGUGUGGAAAGAGAUUCAGUCGGAGUGGAACUCUUCAAACUCAUCAGAGAACCCACACAGGGGAGAGACCUUUCAAAUGCUCAGAGUGUGGAAAGAGAUUCAGUCACAGUGGCAAUCUUCAAAAUCAUCAGAAAACCCACACAAUGGAGAGACCUUUUGCAUGCUUGGAGUGUGGAAAAAGAUUCAGUCGGAGUGGCCAUCUUCAAAGUCAUCAGAAAACCCACACAGGGGAGAGACCUUUUGAAUGCUCAGAGUGUGGAAAGAGAUUCAGUCAGAGCAGCCAUCUUCAAAGUCAUCAGAAAACCCACCGCGGGGAAAGACCUUUUGAAUGCUCAGAGUGUGGAAAGAGAUUCAGUCAGAGCAGCCAUCUUCAAAGGCAUCAGAAAACCCACACAGGGGAGAGACCUUUUGAAUGCUCAGAGUGUGGAAAGAGAUUCAGUCAUAGUGGCACUCUUCAAUGUCAUCAGAGAACCCACACAGGGGAAAGACCUUUUGAAUGCUCAGAGUGUGGAAAGAGAUUCAGUCAUAGUGGCACUCUUCAACUUCAUCAAAGAACCCACACGGGGGAAAAACCUUUUGAAUGCUCAGAGUGUGGAAAGAGAUUCAGUCGCAGUGGCAGUCUUCAAAGUCAUCAGAGAACCCACACAGGAGAGAGACCUUUUGAAUGCUCAGAGUGUGGGAAGAGAUUCAGUCAGAGUAGCCAUCUUCAAAAUCAUCAAAGAACCCACACAGGGGAGAGACUUUUUGAAUGCUCAGAGUGUGGAACAAGAUUCAGUGACAGACGGAAUCUUCAGAGGCAUCAGAGAAUCCACACAGGGGAGAGACCU